AUGGAGCAACUAGACGCGUUACUAUCAGCACCAGCUGACAACGACGAGGAGUUUGAGAAACUGUGGGCGCAAGCCAUGGCCACAGCUACGCGACAGCCAGAACUAUUCCCGCCGACCCCCAACCACCGGGCGUCCAGAGCCGCACCGCUACCGACCGCCAGCUCAUACGGAGUAUCCGUACGGCCAUCCGGGGCAGCUCCAAUCCAAAGGCGCAGGAAAUCAGUCGCUAGCGUCCGAGCACCGCCGCAUGCCCUCAUCGAGGCAGCCAGGAAACUGGUGCCCCACCCGCAGCCGGCCCAACCGGCCUGCCACACCAACAGACCAAAAAGCGCACCGGUCGUCGGAGUACGAGUGCAGCGAUCCUCUGCUGUCAACGCGAGGAAGCUGGCGGCGCUCUUGACCGAGCCACCGUCGCCGCUAAGCCGACCUCGCGCACCACCGACGAGCAGAAAAACAACGCCGGCAGCUAUCUCGGCCACGCCAACCGACGACCCCGACGGGAAGGUGCAGUACCCUGGGGAUACCGAACCGAAAGACCAGGGCCGGCCGAAGAAACCAAUACUACCUCCACACCACCCGACGGCACGACAAAAAGCUAGGGCAACCCUACUGGCCGUGUUCGGCGGGACCCUCUCCGAUCUAGACGAGGAGGACCACGCACCUGCUACCGCCUCGAGGACCACCACGCAACCAGACAGCGACACGAGACCUGCGAUCACCGAACGAGCGAUUCCGCCAUCCGCCCCGUCAACCCAGCCAGCCGCCGCUGCCGACACCAACAAGGGAGCGUCACAAGCGCCCGCCACAACCAACACGGCCGAGGAAGCGUCACAAACACCAGCCACUCCAAAGGACACGCCAACACCCAUGGUCCGUACUCCCGUGGCCACCACACAGCGAUCCCUUCCGUCCGUACCGGUGCGCGUUAGUAACGAUCUAGUUAUACAUGUGCCGUAG